AUGGCGUGGGAAGAGCCGCGGAAAACGGGGAUGCAGUAUCGACGACUGGGCAACUCGGGACUGCAUGUUUCGGUGCUGGGAUUGGGGGGGUGGUUGACGUUUGGUGGGCACGUUGAGAACGAACUCACCGUCUCCUGCAUGAAGCAGGCGUACGACUGCGGCAUCAACUUCUUCGACACGGCGGAGAGCUACGCGGGCGGACAGUCCGAAGUCGUCAUGGGCGCGGCGAUCAAGAAGAACGGCUGGAACCGCAACGACAUUGUCAUCACGACGAAGCUGAACUGGGGCGGGGCGAAUGGCGAGGUGCUGGUCAACAACCACGGGCUGAGCCGCAAGCACAUUGUCGAGGGCCUGCGCGCGUCGCUCAAGCGCCUCGAUCUCGAGUACGUCGACGUCGUCUACGCGCACCGACCGGACCGGCUGACGCCCAUGGAGGAGACGGUGCGCGCCUUCAACCACGUCAUCGAGAGCAAAGGCUGGGCGCUGUACUGGGGCACGUCCGAGUGGUCUGCGGACGAGAUCGCAGAGGCGUGCGGCAUCGCCAAGCAGCUGGGGCUCAUCGCGCCCAUUGUCGAGCAGCCCAUGUACAACCUCAUCACGCGCAGGAAGGUCGAGGCCGAGUUCCAGCGCCUCUACACCCGCUUCGGCAUCGGGCUGACUACCUUCUCGCCCCUGAACUUUGGCCUGCUGAGCGGCAAGUACAACGACAGCCCUGAUGCGCCGCCAGCUGGCUCGCGCUUCGCAGAGGGCCAGGACAAGUUUGUGAACAGCAUGCGCGACUCGUAUGGGAACAGCGACUGGACGCGGACGAUUGACAAGGCGAAGAAGCUGAAGCCUAUCGCGGAUAAGCUCGGGGUGACUCAGUCGCAGCUGUCGCUGGCGUGGUGUCUGAAGAACCCGAACGUGUCGGCUGUGAUCACCGGCGCGUCGCGACCGGAGCAGGUGGUGGAGAACUGCCAGGCGCUGAAGGUUUUGGACAAGCUGACGCCAGAAAUCCUGGCCGAGAUUGACGAGAUUUGCGGCAAGAUCGAGCUCGACCCUGCGAGGCAGGACUAG